ACUUAAUGCCAUUAAGUCAUCCUUUCACUAUCUAUCCUAGCGUGAAGCAAAUACUAUUGCCUGCAGCUAGACCUAACAACAGCCACAGCCGAAUUUUAACCUUCGUCUAGCGUUCUGCCCCUCUUCGUCUUCACUCCGCCUUAGUAGAGACUACAGAUAUAAUGGAGUAUUCCUACAUCACUACGGACGAUGGCUGUAAAAUCGCUUUUCAGAGCUCCCAGCCAAUUAAUUAUUUGCCUCUCGAGAGGAAUUACGGCACCCUUACGCUCCUUAUACAUGGUUUCUCGGGGUCGUCAUUGUACUUUCAGCGCAACUACAGCCAGCUCUCUCAACAAGCCUGGGUGAUCGGGGUCGAUCUUCGUGGCCACGGCAACUCUGGCCGUCCAAAAGGAGGAUAUCAUGUCGCCCGGCUAGCCGCAGACCUGAAAGCACUCAUUUUGCAUGUGAGGAAUGCCGUUCCGGAUGUAAAGAUAGUUCCAGUGGGUUGCUCUAUCGGCGCCGCGAUUCUAUGGACUUAUGUGGAGCUUUUCAGCGACGAUGACUUUGCAGGUAUGGUCUUUGUUGACCAGGCACCCCUGCAGGACCGCUCCCCUUUUGGUUCUUGGGACGAGUCCAAGGCCCACCGUGGAUGCUUUGACGAGAAAUCAAUGCUGGGCGUACAAAAGGCGUGGAUACAAAAUGCUGAGAGUGCGUUCAAAGGGCUAGUGGCGGACUGUUUGGGCUAUCGUUACGACCCGCUGCCAGGCGAUGAUGCAAGCGAGGAGCGCAAGAGCGAGGAUGAGCGGUUCUUCACAAGCCAAAGUCGAAGAUGCGACCCUGUAUGGUUAGCCAGACUUUUAGCUGAUCACACGAGGUACGAUCAUAGGGAGGCUUGCGAGCAGAUAGAGGUACCUGUACUGGUUAUGGCCGGAAGAAGGACGGGCUGUUUCCCGCUGGACGGGAUGAAAGAGACUGUCAGACGAGUUGAGGAGGGACGGAGAGCUAGAGGUGGUGGAUAUCAGCCUGGAUGGUCUGUUUUUGAGGGUGGCCAUUGGUUGUUCUGGGAAGAGCCGGAGAGAUUCAAUGAGGAGAUCAAUCAGUUCGUGGACACUGUGAGCAUUGCGACGGCAGAGCAAAGAAUUUGAGCGAUAAGGGUGAGUGAAUCGACUUAUCCAAAAUGGUCUGUGGCCGCUUUCGGUGUUUGUCACCUCAGGUCCAUCUGCACAUCAUCCGAAUAGGCAGCUCGUUGAUAGUAAGCAAUCAGCUUAUAUAGACAAUCAUGACAGGCCAAGAUUCGUCCC